ACGAUGGGAUUGGUGAAAUAGAUUAUCCUAAUAAAUUUUUCGUUGCUUGGUUUGGUGUUUGUUUAAUAUUUCUUGGCGUUUGGUUAAGAUUGUAUGCCAUGAGAAUCAAUAGAUUUUUUUCUAGAAAUCUUAGAAUCGGUGAAGGACAAUUCAUUGUCACCGAAGGUCCGUAUAGACAUAUAAGACAUCCGGGUUAUUUGGGUCAACUAUUAAUAUGGAAUGGUUUUGGUUUAUCUUCUGGAAAUUACUUGGUCGCCUCAAUUAUUUUUAUUGUAAUUUCUUUAACUUAUUGGUUUAGGAUAAGAAAAGAGGAAGUUAGUUUAUUAAGAACUUUUGGUGUUGAUUAUUUAGAAUAUUCAACUAGGGUUAGUAAAUUAAUUCCUCACAUAUAUUAA